AAAACUAUAAGAAUUAUUAAUUCAUCUGAAAAAGAGAAAAUGUUAUCAAAUACAAGAUUAAAAACUUGUCAACCCGUUUUUACAAGUUCACAUGCAUGGAAAUUAUUAGCAAUUGCUGUUGCACUGUCUUUACUAGUCGGAAUGUAUUCUAUGCAAUCAGCAAUCUCAUGGAGUCACGAAAAAUUUGUUGAAACUGAUAAAGUUAGUGAAAUUGUGGCGGGAAAGUUACCAUGGACACCUUUCUCUACAGAUUAUAUACCCUCUUCUUGCGAAAGUCUUCCACCUCGCAAAAAUACAUCUUCCCAUAAAUUCCAAUUUAUAGAUGCAAAAUCAAAAGAACUAACAAUUCUUUGGUGGCGAUACCUCACGUUUGCAAGUAUUGCAGAAAUGUCUUGGGAGACAGUUUCUCAAGAACUCUGCCCUUACCCACCAGAACUUGACUCAUUCUUCCGAGAAAUAUUUAAGCAAUUUGCUCGCCGCC